AUGGCAACAAAAGAAGUUGAAAUGAUUGAUGUACCAUCAUCAGCAGCAGAAUUAAAGAAUUCAGAGAGUGGAUCAAAAGAGGUUAGUUCAGCUUUGACCUUGUCAGACUUGAAAAAGAAUGUACAACUCAUAGAAAAGGGUGUAGACACUAAAGAGUCUAGAUUCAUUACUCGUGUAUUGCGUCAAACUACUGCUAUUCGUAAAAAGUUAAAUGCAAAGAUCCUCUAUCAAAUCAUUGCUACUACCUUUCCAGAAUCUUCAAGAAAAGCUUCUUUAUUAUCAUAUGUUAAGGGUAAUGAUGGUAUGGAUAUUGAUUCAUCAGCAGGAGCAUCAUCAAAAGAUCAUAUAUUACCAGAAGUUGAAGCCUAUCUUCAACUGUUGGUUGUUAUCUUUUUGAUUGAUCAAAAGAAAUAUGUUGAAGCCACUCAAUGUUCAACCUCACUUGUUGAAUUGAUUCAACCAAAUAACCGUGUAACUCUUAACCCAUUGUCAUCUAAAAUCUAUUUCUAUUAUAGUUUAUCAUUCCAACAUGCUCAAAAUAUUGAACAUAUUAGACCAUUAUUAUUAACAGCAUUACGUACAGCUACACUUAGACAUAAUGAUGAAGGUCAAGCAACUAUUUUAAAUUUAUUGUUGAGAAACUAUUUGGAAUAUAACCUUGUUGAACAAGCCGAAAAGCUUGUAUCAAAUACCACAUUCCCAGAACAAUCAUCUAGUAAUCAAUAUGCUAGAUACCUCUAUUACAUUGGUCGUAUCAAAGCUAUUCAACUUGAAUACUCUGAAUCAUACAAUUAUCUCAAUCAAGCCAUCAGAAAGGCUCCACAAAAUUCUGCUUCUGGUUUUAAGAGAACUGUAAAUAAAUUACUUUGUAUUGUUCAAUUAUUGAUGGGAGAAAUUCCAGAAAGAAAUGUAUUCAGUCAAAAGAUUUUAAAGACUGCUAUGAAACCAUACUUUCAUCUUACUCAAACUGUCAGAGUUGGUGAUUUAACUAGUUUCCAUCAAGUUGUAGAAAAAUAUUCUUCAUUAUUCAAAUCUGAUAAAACUUUUACUCUUAUUCAAAGAUUAAGAAGUAAUGUAAUCAAGACUGGAUUAAAAAAGAUUACAUCUGCUUAUUCAAGAAUUUCAUUUGCCGAUGUUUGCAAGAAAUUAAAGUUUGAUGGUACACCAGAAGAUAUGAUGUUUAUUGUGUCAAAGGCCAUCAAGGAUGGUGUUAUCGAAGCCACCAUCAACCGUAGUGAGGGUUACCUUCAAAGCAAGGAAAAUAUUGACCAAUACUCUACUCAAGAACCAUUGGCUGCUUUUAGCAAUAGAAUCGAUAUUUGCCUCAAGAUCCACAAUGAUUCUCUCAAGGCUAUGCGUUUCCAUCCAGACAUUAGCAAGGCUGAAACUGAAAAGAUUGCUGAAGUUGCCAAAUCAAUCAAACAAGAAAUGGAAAGAGCUGCUGAAGAAAGUUCAGAAAAUGGUGGUGAUGAAUCUGAUUAUUAA